AUGGCACCAAAGUUUGAUCCUAAUGAAAUCAAAAUUAUCUAUCUUAGAGUCGCUGGUGGAGAAGUGGGAGCAUCAUCUACACUUGCACCGAAAAUUGGACCUCUCGGCCUUUCUCCUAAAAAAGUAGGGGAAGAUAUUGCUAAAGCAACUGGCGGUUGGAAAGGAUUAAGGGUUACUGUUAAACUAACUAUUCAAAAUCGACAAGCACAAGUGGAAAUUGUUCCAUCCGCUUCUGCUCUUAUUAUUAAAGCAUUAAGAGAACCUCCACGGGAUCGUAAAAAAGAAAAGAAUAUUAAGCAUUCCGGGAAUAUAACAUUAGAUGAUGUUGUUAAUAUUGCACGUCAAAUGCGGUUUAAGAGUUUAGCUAAGGAACUUAGUGGUACAGUUAAAGAGAUUCUUGGAACCGCAUAUACUAUUGGAUGUCAUGUAGACGGCAGAAAUCCUAAAGAAAUUAUUGAUGAAAUUAUUUCUGGUGAUAUUCAAAUUCCUCUUGAGUAG